UCAAUGAGUCCCGACCGUCCCGACCAAGUAUAAACACAAACAAAACUCGAUGGCACAACAUUUAGGUGCGGACCCAUCUAAAUUAGAAAAUUUGAAGACAAAUAAAAAUGUCAUGGACCAACAGAUCAACGUUGCUAGAUGUGAACUGAAAAAUUUAAGGCAGCAAAUUCAGUCACUUGGGCAUGUGCACAAGAAGGAAAUGGAGAAGAUCAAAGAUAUACUGAAAGCUCCAGAGGCCUUUCUUCUGCAGGAACCACCAAAUCUCUUAGAAGGGAAGUCAAGAUCUGAACCGCAGCAGCCGUCAUCGUCUUUGUCACAAACUCCACACACAGUGGACUUUCAAAUAAUUGGUUAUAUCUCAUCUUGGUUCGCUGAGAAAAAAGGAACUCCGCGUCAACCAGGCAUUUGCAAAGAGAGCACAGCCAAGUUGACUUUGAGAAAGGAACUGUUCACCAACCCUGAGCACACCCUUGAAGGCCUUGGAAACUUCUCACAUCUAUGGUUAAUAUUUCAUUUUCAUAAAAAUGAAAAGGGUCACGUCAAAGCCAAGGUGGCUCCUCCGAGGCUGAAUGGUGAAAGAGUUGGUGUUUUUGGCACCAGAAGCCCUCACAGGCCAUCCCCCAUAGGCCUUUCUCUAGUGAAGAUUGAAAAAGUCCAAGGUGCCUCAAUUUAUUUCUCCGGAGUGGACAUGGUGGAUGGCACUCCAGUGCUGGACAUAAAACCGUACAUACCACACUAUGACAGCCCGUGGUGCAUCAACCAAGAGGACGACGAAGACGAAUCAACGCUGAACGCAGGCCUUUACCGAGAGGUGGCCACUGGUAGCUCCAGCGAAGACGAAGCCACAUUUUCAGCUACCAGUUUUAGUCCAGCCCCCAACACACCAAACAGGUCCAUCAGCUGCAGAGAGGAGCCGGACGGGGAGGAAGAUUUGCCAGGUGCCGCGGCUGUUCGAAGCAAACCUGUCGCCUGUGCAUUAGCACCUCAGUCGCCUUCAAAGAAUGAAGCAGUGCAACCCACGGUGAAAGUACCUUCCUGGAUUGAUCAACCUCCUGUUGUCAGACUGAAUGUCAGAUUUAGCGAAAGAGCCGUGAUCCAACUUGUAGAAAAUUCGCAGGACACCAAGCACAUGAUUUCCGCAAUAAGCAGCGUGUUGCGAGAAGACCCAAGGUCCGUCUACCUGAGAGACCGGUGGGCCAACCACUUCUACUCGUUCCUCAUCAAGGAUCUCAGCAUUAGUUGCAAGUUUGAUGACAGAGCCAAGGUGGUCACGGUUUUUCAGGUUAAGCCGUCAAAAAAGUGUGAUACUUGUGGAGAAAUGGAAUGGCAGUGUGCAAUCAAUGCUAAAUGCGAGUCGAAAAAACACUGAAAAUAUCUCCCAAGAAAUAAAAAUAAUAAAAACAGAAAAAUCAAAGCAGCAUAAUAGUCUUACAAAAGCGCGGAAAAUUGACAGACAGCCCAGUUUUUUCUGGAUUUAAUCUCAUUUUGGGACAUAAAAAUAGGACAAAAUUAUCCUCAUAGAAAAACUCCUUGGGAAAUUACCAUUCCAAAUUGAUUUGAGCGUCUUUUGUUCAUUUUGAGUAGCCCUGACCCACGAAAGACGCAAAAUCGGCGGCAACGGGCCCCACGCCCGCGCGGCUACCUUAAUAAUCGCACAAAUAACAAAAAGAAAGAUCCAAAAUUGUUUUGCUUUGGAAUUUUUCAGAACUAAGAAACUGCCUUUUUGUAUUGGUAAUUAAUUCACUGCAUGUGCUGUAAUAAUUGCUCCAAAAGGCUAGCAAGACCGGUUCCGAGUCUUAAAAGUAAGACUAAAUUUACUUUUAAAAUCUCACAUCGAAAUCUAACUUUCGCAUAAAUCUUUUAAAGAAACGAUUCAUUUUUAUGUCCAGAGAUUGAAAUUAAUAUUUAAGUAAACUUGGAAAGAUUUUUUCUCUUCUGAGCUUUUGACCCGCACUUUUUCGUUCAUUUCACAAGCAUUUUAGAAAAAAUUAAGUCUGUAAAAAACGGGAUGGAUAACUGUGUAAACCCUGAUUUAAAAACGCACAAAUCUUGUAGAAAAAUAAUUCAUUUAUUGAACCAGAUUACAAAAAUAAAAUCAUUCUAAAUUCACUA